UCCAGUCCUUUUUGGCUGUUGAGCAUUGAACUAAGAAAUUUGGGUGGUCAUCUGCCUCCUGCUGUAAAACACUCUCCUCCCAGCUCCUUCUCCAUUCCUCUAGCUAUUUGCUGACAGAUUUUGGUUUUUGUGUUGAAGAAUAAGUAUAUAUAGUGGUGGUAAAUAAGUAUAUAGCUUUUAUUAACUUUUGGCAAAUGCUGCAAAACAUAAAAUCAUCUGGCAUAAUUUUUUUAUGGAAGUUCAACGUCAGCUUGAUAAUUUCAAUAAUUACUUCAAAAUGAUAUGUACUAUAUUCUGUUUUGCCUCGGAUAUAAUCUGUAUAAUUCUUUCUAUUGCCAGGACCGUCAAUGUAAUUUUAAACCGAGGUAUAUUAAUACUCAAACAGCUUGACUUUUUCUACUUUAUCAAAUUAACUUCCUCAAAGUUUAGGUCAUUCAUAAUGUAAGCAGGUCCAUCUAAUCACUACUCAACUAAACCCAUCCUCUCUGUCUAAAUCCUCCUAAAAUUUUACCCAACCCAUAAAUCCUCCUAAAAUUUUACCCAACCCAGAAUCCCAGAUCGAGCUGAUAUCUUCGUCGGCAAGUGAUCGGAGGCCUUCAAUGCAAUUGACUUCAAGAAGUUCAUGGUUGGCACUGAGGAAUUUUAGCCAUGGCAUGGUGAAUUUAGUGAUAUCUCCACAGGGAAUGCCGAAAUUCGAGACUCAUGAAAUUGAGCUGCCUAAAAAGGACAAGUGGAUGACAAAGAAGAGGCUGAAGAUGCAAAGGAAAAAAGAAAAGCAAAAGAGAAAGGCUGCCAAUAAAAGAGACCCCAGAAGACUUGGUGUCAAAGGGAAGAAGAAAAAGCAGAGGUUUGCUAAUGCUGAGGAAAGGAUUAAAUACAAGCUUGAAAGGGCUAAAAUUAAGGAAGCCUUGCUAAUUGAAAGACUAAGGCGGUAUGAGGUCAACAAGGUCCAGGGUCCUGUUGUUAAGCCACAUGAGUUGACUGGGGAAGAACGAUUUUACAUGAAGAAAAUGGCCCAGAAAAGGUCAAAUUAUGUACCUAUUGGUAGGAGAGGAGUAUUUGGUGGUGUCAUUCUUAAUACACAUUUGCAUUGGAAGAAGCAUGAAACUGUCAAGGUCAUUUGCAAACCUUGCAAACCUGGUCAAGUGCAAGAUUAUGCUAGUGAAAUUGCGAGGCUUAGUGGAGGAAUUCCAAUUCAAAUAAUCGGUGAUGAUACAAUAGUUUUUUAUCGCGGAAAGGAUUAUGUGCAACCAGAAGUUAUGUCACCCAUCGAUACAUUGUCCAAGAAGAGGGCAUUAGAAAAAUCCAAGUACGAGCAGUCACUUGAGUCUGUUAGACGGUUUAUUGCUAACUCUGAGAAGGAGCUUGAGUUAUACUAUAGACAUGUGGCACUUUACGGUGACCCAAAUGACCGGAAUCCGAACUCGAUCUUUGAUAAACCAAGACGGAUAGAAUGGGCAAGGAAGGUUGAGGUAAAAGAAGAUGCAUCUUCAAUGACUGAAGAAUAUUCUCAUACUCUCUUUCAAACAGAAAUUGAUUCCAUGGAUGAUGAAAUCUUAGAAUCUGAAGAAAUCUCUGAAUUUGAUGAUAAACACAAGAAUAAUGCUGCAUCUGCAAGUGAAAUAGAUUAUGAGGAUGAUGGAACUCAUAUUGGGGAAAUAGAGUCAUGUGAUGAAGAAACAGGCAGUGUCUCUUAUACUAGAAUACUAGGUUCAGGAUCUGUACAUCAAAGUAAAUGGAAUGCUGAAUGAGAAUUUGUAUUGAGAAAGAUUUUAUUUUGCAAUAUUUAUUUUAAUUUGUUU